AUGAGGCGCAGCGGCUCCAAGAGCAGCGUUGUCCUGGCGCCCGUAGUCGGGACUCAGGAUGACCGACAGAUGGUCAGCAGGGCCCAGUUGGGCCAGGACCCUCCACAGAGGACCGUGCUGGGGGUGCUCACGGAGAACGGUCAGUUCCGGAGGGCCUGCGGCCAGGGGAUCACAGCCAUCAGGUGCUACUCGGGACCGGAAAAUGCCUUCCCUGCCGCUGGCAAGAAGGGGGAGGACUACACGCUGCCCAGGCCGAGCUUCGACAUCUACAUGGAGGAGCCCGAACCCGGGGAUGCAGACAGCUGUGCAGGGCGGGAUGAGAUGGCUUUCGGAGAGGUGUACCCAGUGGACUCGGGUGUCCACAAGUCAGACCUCCACUUCCUGCUGGACUUCAGCACAGUCUCCCCGAUGUUGGUCGACUCCUCUCUCCACCACCAGUCUGAAGAUCCAUCAGAUUUGGGUUCAGAUGUGAUUGAUGAGACUGAGUAUGCUGAAGAAAUUCAUCACUACCUCAGAGAGGCUGAAAUGAGGCACAGGCCAAAAGCCCACUACAUGAGGAAGCAGCCGGACAUCACAGAGGGCAUGCGCACCAUCCUGGUGGACUGGCUGGUGGAGGUCGGUGAGGAGUACAAGCUACGCACCGAGACGUUGUACCUGGCUGUUAACUUCCUGGACAGGUUCCUGUCGUGCAUGUCGGUGCUGCGCGGGAAGCUGCAGCUCGUGGGUACCGCCGCCAUCCUGCUGGCCUCGAAGUAUGAAGAGGUCUACCCCCCCGAGGUGGACGAGUUUGUCUACAUAACUGACGACACCUAUACCAAACGCCAGCUGCUGAGAAUGGAGCACCUGCUCCUGAAGGUGCUGGCCUUCGACCUGACCGUCCCAACCACAAACCAGUUCCUCCUCCAGUACCUACGCAGGCAGGGGGUGUGCAUCCGGACCGAGAACCUGGCCAAGUAUGUAGCGGAGCUGAGUCUCUUAGAGGCUGACCCCUUCUUGAGAUACCUCCCUUCAGUGAUUGCCGCGGCAGCUUACUGUCUAGCCAACUAUACCAUCAACAGGCACUUCUGGCCCGAAACCCUGGCUGCUUUCACAGGCUAUUCGUUGAGCGAAAUUGGCCCUUGUCUGAACGAACUGCACAAAGCCUGCCUUGAAAUGCCCCGUCGGCCUCAGCAAGCCCUCAGGGAGAAGUACAAGGCAUCCAAGUACAUGCACGUGUCUCUGAUGGACACCCCCGCAGUGCUCCCUCCAGUGAACUUCUGA